CGCCGUACAGACAAGAACAGUAGAAACGUAGAAACGCGCUUUCGUUUCGAGUUUUUUCAUUUUAAUUUCAAUUCCAUUUUCGUUCGUUUCGUUUUGGUGGAGAUUUUCGUUCUCGGGGUGUAUUGUGGACCCGCUCGUGUGCGUUUACGCCAAGUGCAGGAUUUCAGUCGAUCGUUUACGUUCGUGGUAAAAGCAUCGUAGGAGUAGCACGAGAAAGCCGAAGAUCAGUCGAAACAAAUAAACAAAAAAAAGGAUGAAUUGAUUAGUGAUCAAUCGUAACGUAGUGAAAGCAAAGCAAAAAAAAAAACAGGACAAUCACCUAUGUGGAAUACCUAACAAGGAUUAAGUGAAACUAUUAAAAAAAAAAACACUAAGUGCAUCGAGUUUGCAGUUGUGCAGUUUAGACUUUAUCGUGAAGGACACAGUGAAUUAUGCCAACAUCGAUCAUGCAGAAGAACUACAGCCAUUGUCCGCUCAAGAAGCGACCAGUCUUUAUUGACGAGGAAGUGAAAAAUGAUUCCGAAUCCGAUAUGGAACCAGAAAACCUCAGCACCAAACCGGAGGAUCUGUCGAUGAAGAAAAAGAAAGCUCGAUCAGAGUCUCCGGUAACUGUUGUGAUCAAAGCAGAGGAAACCUUGCCAACACCACCGCCAUCGUCUUCUCCCGAUCCAUCGGAAAUCAAAUCUCCCAUCUCCGUUCCUACGCCGAUCUAUGGAUCACACCCAUCGAUCUACUAUCCUGCCCCCCGUUCCCCAAGUUCACCGGCUGAGCCACUGCACAAUUUCUACAAAUCCGCUCCGAAUGUGUACUCCGGUUAUCCACACUUCUCGUAUGCAAUGCCAUACCCAGCCGAUCUGUACAAUCUGUACCAUCACAUCUCGCCACCUCGCUCGGAACCACUAUCGCCAUACGCUCAGCGGGACAGUUCCGUUUCGCCACCACAUCCGGGACACUACACCCGCCAGGAAUCGAUCUCACCUCCCACCAUGGUUCCGGCAUAUCCGGCCACGGAGUUGCGGUUGAAUCAGAACAACAACGUCAUCAAAUCCGAAUCCUACGCCCGCCAGCAUCGCUACAUGCCAUACAGUCUCAGCCAUCAUCAUCAGCUCAUGAUGCCUGUAGAACAUCCAUCGCUAUCGCCUGCCUCAAGCCACACCUCGUUCAACUCUUACCUUUCCUCGAACCGGUCACUUUCGCCGGCCCGAUCGAGCCCAUCGGAUGACUGUGAGGAAAACAACAACACCAACUCAUCGCAGUCGAUCCUCACCGAGAAAUCCACCUCCAGUUCAAACAUCCUGAAAGUGAAAAGUGAAAAAUCUAGUGACAAACCAAACGGAUCCGGAGCACCACGCUACCAGUGUCCGGACUGUGGCAAAUCAUACUCGACCUAUUCCGGGUUAUCGAAGCAUCAGCAGUUCCACUGUCCAGCUGCCGAAGGAAACCAAGCCCAGAAGAUCUUCGUUUGCAAGGAGUGCAACAAACCGUACAAAACCCUCGGUGCUCUGAAGAUGCACAUCCGAACCCACACACUUCCGUGCAAGUGCAACCUAUGUGAUAAGGCAUUCUCCCGGCCGUGGCUGUUGCAGGGUCACAUUCGUACCCACACCGGCGAGAAACCGUUCGUUUGCAAGCUCUGUUCGCGGGCCUUUGCCGAUCGGUCGAACCUUCGGGCUCACCAGCAAACCCACGAGGAUGUCAAACGAUUCAAGUGUCCAACCUGCACCAAAUCUUUCUCGCGGUUGCCGCUGCUAACGAAACACAACGAAACCGGAUGUCCGGGAAUUCAAAUGCCAGGAUCACAGUCCAGCCCGAGCUCACCAUCCCAUCACGAAGAAAAGUACAUCCCAACGGUGUUGUCCCAUAGCAACAUCGCCGUCUACUAGAUCCAAGUUGCCGCGUUGCCAAUGGAAACGCGAAACAACGGAAGUGCCUUUUCUGUCGCCAAUCAUACAAACACACACGCACACACAUAGUUCACCGCAAAAGACUGAAACUCAUUGCCACCGCGACCGUCUGAAGUUUUUCCUUUUUCCGAUGCGAAGGGAAAAUUUCGACUACAGAAACAAAAAAACCUGUGCAUAAUAAUGUUCUUCAAAGUGAAGAGUUAGAGUUCGUUUGUAAAUAGUUUAUUUAUUCAACGAGAUAAGUUAAAUCUAUUUCAGCAAGUUUUUUAGUUUCCAGAAAAUUACCAAAAAAAUAAGUUCGUGGCUUUUUUUUCUCUCUCGAGUGGUUCAAAAAUUGCCGCCACGAAUGUUUGUUUUUAGUUUUCGUAAGUUAUUUAUUUUCUUUUAAUCGGAAGAAACAGUUUCGAGUUGCUGCUGGUCGGUUUCCCAUCGGUUCUGCGGGACCUUCGGGGAACAUUCAAAUUAAACUUUGAAGAAAGUUGCUAAGCUAGUCAGUUAGUUUAAUUCUUUUAUUAUUUUUUUUUUGAUUUCAUUCUCCUACAAGCUAGUAUGAUUUAAGGUAGUAUUUCGUGUAAGUGACAAUCAGAAUUAUUUCAAAAAGGAUCUCAGUUGUAUGAAAUUCCUGCAAGUUGAAAGCCAUUCAAGUGAAUAAUGUGCCUUUAGAAAAUUUCGAUGAACGUUUGGUGGCAAACCACCGGAAACUGAUGCAUUUCAGACAGCCAUUUACUGUUCUGUGUAAAACAAAUACAUGACGAACUAGAGUUAGGAAACAUUUUUUUUAUAUACGAAGUAAAGAAACUAGGCUCUCUAUUGGUAUAUACAAAAUCAGCCACUACCAAUUGUACAUUUCAUGUAUUUUUAAACACUGUCGCCCAAUAAGAAGAAACGUAAUAUAUUUUGUUUUCAUUGUUUAGU